UGGUCUUAUAUAUCCAACUCACUCACACAAGAGUUGUGCAGUACGUGUGUGCUCUCCGAUCUCAUAACAAUGGCCAUCUUCACCAAAUCGGCCUUGUUUGGCUUUGCCGUCGUCUUCUCUGUUUUCACCGGCGCGGCCAAUGCGCAGCUCUCUCCCAACUUCUACUCCACGUCUUGCCCCAACCUUGGUACCAUCGUGCGGUCGGGGAUGGCAUCGGCCGUGCAGACGGAGAAGCGGAUGGGCGCUUCCAUCCUUCGUCUCUUCUUCCACGACUGCUUCGUGAAUGGAUGUGACGGUUCCAUCUUGCUCGACGACACGCCGACCUUCACCGGCGAGAAGAACGCCGGACCAAACGCCAACUCGGCGCGCGGGUUCGAAGUGAUCGACGCCAUCAAGAAGCAGGUCGAGGCGUCGUGCAAGGCCACCGUGUCCUGCGCCGACAUCCUCGCGCUCGCCGCCCGCGACGGAGUCAGCCUGCUUGGAGGUCCGACGUGGAGCGUGCCGCUGGGGCGCAAGGACUCGCGCACGGCGAGCCAGAGCGCGGCCAACGCGAACCUGCCGGGGCCCGGGUCCAGCCUCGCCACGCUCAUCUCCAUGUUCGGCAGCAAGAACCUCUCGCCGCGGGACAUGACGGCGCUCUCCGGCGCGCACACCGUCGGGCAGGCCCGGUGCACCACCUUCCGCAGCCGCAUCUACACGGAGCGCAACAUCAACGGCACCUUCGCGGCGCUGCGGCAGCGGACGUGCCCGCGGACGGGCGGGGACAGCGCCCUCGCGCCGUUCGACGUCCAGACCGCCGACGGGUUCGACAACGCCUACUACCAGAACCUGGUCGCCCAGCGCGGGCUGCUGCACUCGGACCAGGAGCUCUUCAACGGCGGCUCGCAGGACGCGCUGGUGAGGCAGUACAGCAACAGCCCGGUCCAGUUCUCGGCUGACUUCGUGUCGGCCAUGCUCAAGAUGGGCGGCCUGCUGCCGUCGUCCGGGACGCCGACGGAGGUCAGGCUCAAAUGCAAUAUGGGCUUCUUGUUAGCUAGGUGCAUUAUCGGCGCUGCUACUCUCCUAUGUGUGCUUCCUCCUUGUCAGGCCAAGUUCACAAGCAAGUUCUACGGCAAGACAUGCCCAAAUCUGGGAGCCAUCGUGCGGUCGGUGAUGGCGCCGGCCGUCGCCAAAGAGCCGCGGAUGGGCGCAUCGAUCAUCCGGCUCUUCUUCCAUGACUGCUUCGUGAACGGAUGUGACGGGUCGAUCCUCCUGGACGACACGCCGACGUUCACCGGCGAGAAGAACGCCGGCGCCAACGUCAACUCCGUCCGCGGGUACGAGGUGAUCGACGCCAUCAAGACACAGGUCGAAACGGCCUGCAAGGCCACGGUGUCCUGCGCCGACAUCAUCGCAUUGGCAUCUCGCGACGCCGUAAACUUGCAGGUCGGUGGCCCGACGUGGAACGUGCAGCUGGGCAGGAAGGACUCGCGGACGGCGAGCCAGAGCGCGGCCAACGCCAACCUCCCGGGCCCAGGCUCCAGCGCCGCGUCGCUCGUCUCGGCGUUCGCGGCAAAGGGGCUCUCCGCGCGGGAGAUGACGGCGCUGUCCGGGGCGCACACUGUGGGGCGCGCGCGCUGCGUCCUCUUCCGCGGCCGCAUCUACAGCGAUCCCAACAUCAACGCCACCUUCGCGGCGGCGCGGCAGCAGACGUGCCCGCAGGCUGGCGGGGACGGCAACUUGGCGCCGUUCGACGACCAGACGCCUGACGCGUUCGACAACGCCUACUAUAAGAACCUGAUGGCGCAGCGCGGGCUGCUGCACUCUGAUCAGGAGCUCUUCAACGGCGGGCCGCAGGACGCGCUGGUGAGGAAGUACAGCGGCAAUGCCGGCAUCUUCGCCGGCGACUUCGCUAAGGCCAUGGUCAAGAUGGGUGGGCUCAUGCCGGUGGCCGGAACGCCGACGGAGGUCAGGCUGAAUUGCAGGAAGGUGAACUAAUUAAGUAUGGUUACGUUAUUGCGUGCUUGUGGCUAAUUAAGAUCACAAACUGAGCAGUCUAAACUCUGAACUAUGAGAAUGUGACUGAGACGAGCCCGCAGAAUGUGACUAUUAGCCACUCAAUGCUCCACCUCAUGCUGUAUCUUAAUAUGCCACGUAAGCAAAAGUCUGAUGUGGCAUCAUAUUUAAUGAAAAAAGAGAGUUGCAUGAUAUCUUAA